UGGUGAUCACAGCCAUGGGGAAAGAACCACUGCUUCAGAAAGUGAGGAUUCAAGAAGACAUCGAGUCAGAUAAGAAGACUCGUGUCAAUGGCGGAGACGAUGACGGCCCCGUCACGUUUGUUUUACUCCUCACAACCGUAACUGCUCUCUGGGGCACUUUCUCCUAUGGCACUGCCGCCGGCUUUACGUCACCAGCUCAAACUGGGAUGAUGGAAGGACUAAAUCUCUCGUUGGCUGAGUUUUCAUUCUUUGGAUCUGUAUUAACAAUUGGUGGACUCGUGGGAGCCGCGUUGUCGGGAAGAUUCGCCGAUCUUUUUGGUCGGAGAGGCGCAUUGUGGGUGUCAAAUUCAUUUUGCAUGGCCGGCUGGCUUAUGAUAGCCUUCUCUCAGGCGACUUGGUCACUUGAUAUUGGACGAUUUCUUCUCGGAGUUGCAUCUGGCGUAACUUCUUAUGUGGUGCCCGUCUACAUUGUAGAAAUUGCACCCAAAAGAAUCAGAGGCGCGUUCUCUGCGGUUAGCAUGCUUGUGAUGUGUGCUAGCAUGACCUUCAGUUUCCUUGUUGGAUCAGUAAUUUCAUGGCAGAACUUAGCUCUCUUCAGUACAGUUCCUUGUGUUCUAGAAUUCGCCGGUUUGGUCUUUAUACCGGAGUCUCCUAGGUGGCUGUCUAGAAAUGGUCGGGUUAAAGAGUCGGAAGUUGCACUCCAACGUCUACGAGGAAACAGCACUAAUAUCACCAAAGAAGCUGCAGAAAUCAAAAAAUAUAUGGAAAAACUUCAAGAAUCCAAAGAAGAUGGUCUUCUUGAACUCUUCAAACCGCGAUAUUCUCGUGCUGUUAUUGUGGGGAUUGGAUUGCUAGUACUGCAACAACUCGGAGGUCUCAGUGGUUAUACAUUUUACAUGAGCUCGAUUUUUAACAAAGCUGGGUUUCCUAACAACGUAGGAGUGACGAUAGCUACCGUGGUGCAAGCCACGAUGAGCAUUUUCGGAUUGAUAAUCGUGGAUAAAUUUGGGAGACGACCUCUUUUAAUGGUUGCGACGGGCAUGAUGUGUCUGGGGUCAUUCAUCACAGGGCUGUCGUUUUUGUUUCAGAGUUAUGCUUUACUCGACAAUUACACCUCGAUUUCAACACUGAUCGGAGUGCUGGUGUUUCUAACUUCGAUCACAAUUGGAAUAGGAGGUAUUCCAUGGGUCAUUGUCUCCGAGAUGACACCGAUGAAUAUAAAGGGUUCAUCAGGGACGCUAUGCAAUAUAACUAGCUGGUCCUCUAAUUGGUUCGUUUCGUACACAUUCAACUUCCUCUUCCAGUGGAGCUCUUCUGGUGUGUUUUUCAUAUAUUCAAUGAUAUCGGGUAUGGGCAUCCUAUUUGUGAUAAAAAUGGUACCAGAGACUCGAGGUCGUUCCCUUGAAGAAAUUCAAGCCGAUGUUGCCCGAUAACUUUGUAUAAUGUCAAAGGUUCUAGCCAUUAUCUUGACCAAUGCUUCAUAAUGUUAACUAAUAACACAAACACUUCUUCUUUGGAUAGUUUGGACUA